AUGAAUUAAUAUACACAAAAUUCAUCCAUGCAAAUCUAAGAUAUUGGUGAAUUCUAAAUUUUAAAACCGAUCUCCAAUUCCAAUUUUAUUCAAAUUUUUUAAGUAAGAAAUAAUAAAGAUGGAUAAAACUACACUCUAAAAAUUGCAGAUCCUAAGAAUUCUGCUUUUGGUGAGCAUGAGAAAGAGAUACUAAAAAUAAUUGAUUCGCCAAAAAUUAUCAAAUUUAUUGAUCUGAGGUUGGAUCAAUAAUAUUAAUUAACAAUUUUGGAAGAUUUUGAAUAUACUCUCGAAGAGUUUUGGAUCUAAAACAAUAAAAAAUUUUCAGAAUUCAUGGCUUUGGACAUAACUAAAAAAAUUUUAGAAGGAUUAGAAAUUUUAGAAUAAAAUGACAUUGUUCACGCGAAUUUAUGUAUGAAAAAUAUUUACAUAAAAUAACCUAUGUACAAAAUAGCAAACUUUGAACAUUCAUACUUGAAUAAAAAAGUUGGUUGGGCUUAAGUAUAAAUUGCUCCUGAACAGUUCAUGCCUGGAUAUUUAACAUCAAAGGCAGAUAUUUUCUCUCUUGGUUGUAUGCUAUUUGAGAUGAUUUUUCGAUAAUUUCCAUUUAAUUAAUAUAGUAUCCCUGAAUAUUUAGAUUAAAUAUAGCAAGGAUAGCUUUAGUUUAAUCAAGAGAAGGAUAUGCUCGAUAGUAAUUUUGCUAUUGAAUUAAUAAAAAAAAUGGUCUAAUAUAAUCCUAAAUAAAGACCUGGAAUCAUUGAGAUUAGACAAAUGAUAGACGAAAAUAAUGCAAUUAAAUCGAGUUAAAAUCCAGCGCUCCAAACUUAAACACCCUAAUCCAAUCCAAAUCUUUGGGGAGGAAAUAAUCAAAAUUAUAUAUUUGAAACUCAACAUUUUACGCUUGAAUUUGUUGAAACUGUCUCAAAAAAUGCAUUAUUCUUUUUUGAGGUUGCAGAAAAAUUUGGAGGAAAAUAAUUUUAUAAUUGGAAAAAGACUAUGUAUCCUAGAUUUAUGUUGUACAAAAGAAGCUAUGCCGAACUAUUAUAAUUUACUAAGGAUGUCAGAGCAAGAGCUGAUCUAAAAUAGUUCAAAGUAUGCCUUGAAAAAAAUGAAACAACCUUAUAUAAAUUAAAAAUAACUUUGGAAUAAAUUUUGAAGCCUUUAAAAAAUAAAGAUGAUUACUAGUAUAAAAUUACUAAAUGGGAAUAAGAACUUAAUACCGAUACAAAUGCACUAUUCUAUAAUAAUUAUUAAAAAGCUCUUAAAUAUUUAAUGGAUUAUUUUAAAGAAUCUUAAAUACCUUUUUCAAAAUCAAAGGAAACUUCAUAGAAAGUGAAGGAAAUGUUAAUUCUCUAACUAUAAGUUCAAACAUGUGAAACUUUUAACCCGUAUUUUGAUAAUCAAAAGGAGAAGUUGGAAGAAUUAGAAGAACUUGAAAAAUAAACAAAUGAAUUCCUUCUAAAGAAGGCUGGAUAUGAAAAAUGA